AUGCCUCUCUACUACUACAAGGACUCUGAGGGCAGGAAAGGCAUCAAGCGAACCUCUGCAAGCCCCAGUCCCUCCGUGACAUCGGUGACACGUCAAAUCAAAGGACUGCAAUUGCCAGUUGCAGAGUACGAUCCGCCAGGGCACUAUCUCUACGGCGUUCCUUAUCAUAGGCAUCAUCAACCACAUCGUCCGCCGGCUGCCUUCCACGAUCUUCCAGUCUACAGCACAUCUAUCAGACCAUAUUCACGUUGCCAGUACCGGCCGUACUCCACCAUGAGCAUGGACGGUGACCACGAGUUCUCAGACGACGACGAUCUCCUUGGACCACGCUCUCGUCCUUCCACCCCAAAACAACCCAAGCCUCAUCCUCAAACCAUGCUGCCAGCUCCUCGCCUCACCCCAAGACACGAAUCCGUUCCCCUCGACGCAGCAGCCCGCCAGCUCUACGGCACCGUCUCCCGCGCAAUCACUUUCUUCGACGGCUUCUACCGCUCCUUCCGCACCUCAACGGACGAGAUCCGCCAGCAUGCCAACAAAUCGCUCCUCAACAGUGUCUGGCAAUCCCGGAUCCGUUCCAGCGCCGCUGAUCCCACCAGUGGCUACAAGCACCGCAAGACACCCGAGGACGGCACCGAUCCAAUCACCAACCCGCACAACGACGAACACUUCUCCUUCCGCGAACAUCAGCGUCAAGUCUUGCUCCGCAUGAAGCAGGUCGCGAACGCACAGCUCCUCAAGCUGCCCGCUGCGGCUGCUUUGUUCGAGGAGGAUGAUGGCUGCUAUGCUGCGACCAACGCCCAUAGCUAUCACGACAAAGAUCUCUACGCGAACCAGCAACGUCACCGUGCCGCCGAGCUUCUGCAGCGGAAGGUAAAGAACGGUAUGGAGGAUGUCAAGUAUGCGUUCGAAGGAAUGAGUCACGAUUACGAGCAGGCCAAGUUGGCGAGUCGGGAGCUGAAGUAUGUUAAGCAGUACCUGGUGACGAUGAAGAAAUGCUGGGACAAGAAUUGGAGGUUUGAUGAGUUUGAUGGGGACGAGAGUGAUGGAGAGUUGGCGGAUGGGGAGGAGGUGGUGGUACAGGAGGGGCAGGAGCAGCAGUAG